CAAUUGGUCACCGCGUUGACUGUGGCAGGUAAGGGGUUCAAAUCCCCAAGCCGUUACGAGGUAAGUGGACUGUUAUUGCAGGAUGAGGUCCAAAACACUCAUGCAUUAGUGGAAGAGCAAAGGACUAUUUGGGAAAAGAAUGGCUGCACCAUUCUUUCUGAUGGAUGGACAGAUGGUAGGAACAGGACACUCAUCAACUUUCUAGUUGCUUCAGGAGGACAGUUAGUAUUUUUAAAAUCAAUUGAUGCCUCCAAUGAAGUGAAGAAUGCGGAGACCUUGUGCAACAUGUUGGAUGAAGUGGUGAUGGAUGUGGGAGUGCAGAAUGUCAUCCAAGUUGUGACUGAUAAUGCAGCUGCAUAUGUGGCAGCCGGCAAACUUCUAAUGGCUAGACAUUCGACAUUAUUUUGGAGCCCUUGUGCUGCCCAUUGUCUUGACUUGCUCCAUGAGGACAUAGGGAAACUAAGUUGGGUAAAGAAAGUGGUUGAAGAUGGAAGGAAUAUCACCAAAUACAUCUACAAUCACACAUGGGUCCUGAAUCUUAUGAGAGAGCACACUGAAGGUAAGGAUCUUGUGCGGUCGGGGGUCACACGCUUUGCUACCAAUUUCCUCACCUUGCAGAGCAUACUUGCUACAUUGCCCAACCUAAAGCGGAUGUUCGUGAGUGAAAGAUGGUUGGGGAGUCCUUAUGCUACAAAGCCUGAAGCAGAGAAGGUUGUGAUUGCCAUUUUUGAUACUAAUUUUGCCAAGAUAGUGGAGGAGAUCAUCAAUGUAAGUUUUGAAACUUUAAUUGAUGAUUUAUUAUUUAAUUUUCUAAUAUUUCAAUCUGCUGAUUUUGUUAGAUUUUUUAUAUCUAGGUGUCGGAACCGUUGGUGAGGGUGCUAAAAUGGUGGAUGGGGAUCAUAACUCCAUGGGGUAUCUAUAUGAGGCCAUGGAUAAGGCCAAAGAGGCGAUUCAACACUUGUAUGGGUCAAACAAGACCAAGUAUGAACCCAUAUGGCGCAUAAUUGAUCGGAGGUGGAACCAUCAACUCCACCAACAUAUUCAUGCUGCUGCCUACUUCUUGAAUCCCAAGUUUUUUUACUCUCCGAGUUUCAGAGUAGAUGCAGAGGUUAGAAUUGGCCUUGACACAUGCAUUCGGAGAUUAGUUGAUGAUGAGAUCCUUCGAGACCUGAUACUUGAUGAGUUGCAGAGUUAUAAGAAGGCCUUAGGGGAAUUGUUUUCUUCACUUGAUUGCAAACGUAGGAGAGCCACCUUACGACCAGAUUUGUGGUGGGAAGAUUAUGGUGCCACAACGCCUAAUCUUCAAAAGCUUGCCAUCCGCAUAUUAUCACAGCCUUGUAGUGCUUCUGGUUGUGAGCGCAACUGGAGUGUUUUUGAGAACAUCCACACAAAAAAGCGCAAUAGGUUGACUCAACAACGCUUGAAUGAUCUUGUCUAUGUGCGGUACAACAUUCGAUUACAUGAGAAGAAGGUGCUAGGGCAAGAUUCACAUGAAGCACUUGACUUGGAUGACAUUGAUCCAUAUGCAGCAGAAUGGGUUGCUUCUCCUGAUGAUGUUGAUAAUGAUUUGGAUCCAUUCCUUACUAAUGAGCAGUUGAGUGAGUUGGAGAGGGCAGGAGAGGAAUGGGAUGCGGAAGUGGCAGCACGUGAGGAGGAGCAGGAGGUUGAUCAUGCAGCAGAGGCACCUGUUAGUGUUGAGGAUGUUGCCACUACUUCAGCACCACCCACCCAGCGGCCACAAUCUGUUUUGAGCUUUAGUCGUAGACGCAAUUUAUGAUUUCUUAUUUUCAUUGAUACCAAACUUUGAACUUGAUAUGUAAUCAGAAUUUCAGAGGUUCUUGUUUUGUGGUCUAUGACUCUAUAACUCUAUGAGAC